AUGUCUUACAAAAUCCCCCGCUCCCAAGCAUUGGAGAUCCACGAGUCUCCCAACCGUCUUCCAAAAACAUUUUUUCAUUCGCACGUCUAUGCAGCGACUUCAUUGAGUGACCACUGGGGUAUUAUUUGGGGGUCUUUUCAAACACUUUUAAAGAGUGGGAUCGACCCAACUGUAAUUAACAAAUGUAGUUGGAAGAUUAAAGACAAGAUGUCACCAAAACAACAAGAAAACAUGGUUUUAUUAGACAUCUUGUCCUUUCCCGAAGAGCCCCAUAAACAUGUCAGUCUGAAGUGGACGGAUGGGUCUCCAGAGUCUCUUCAAUUACUCAAAAAAGUUGACUCGUACUGUACCAAUCAAUACUUUAAAAGUAUUCCAAUGAAAGCUGCGAUGAAUAAAGAUAUUAGUGAAGAGAAGCGAGUUAAAACGACUCAUGUGCCUUUGUACUAUCAAUAUGAGUUUGGUACAAACACCACUACAAAUCGAAGUUUAACGCUUUUCACUCUCCAUAUCCCUUUUAUGUCUUCUACAGACGUCUCGUCGUACCCUGUCAUCAUAUUUAACAUCGGAUUUUACCUUCCCGACGACUUUGUGAAUUACAGACAUGUUGUAGAUACUUUCUAUGACUCUUUAAACAAAAUUUGUUUUGAGUAUCAAUUAACUAAUCUGUCACAAGGCAUCGAUAAGGCAUCAAAGGUAUUGGUAGACUCUUUAAAUCAAUUUGUAGAAGCGUUUGAGGACUUUGUGUAUAUCACAACACAUAAGAAGGUCUACCCAUUUCAUAUCACAUUCAAUACAACAAACACUUUCAACGAUCGAGUUUUGUUUGUCACAGAUAUGGUGACGGGGUUUUUGGAAACAUUUUUCACCGUCUGUGUGCCAAGAACGUUGGAAGACAUCCAUUCCAUACACAGCGUUUUAAAUCAAUUUUCAUCGCAAAGCAUGUCAGUCUUUCACUCAAAUUACCUCACAGAGAAAACCAAUCCAUUUUUCACAUUGCAGUUUGUCACUGAUUUCUCAUGUGAAAACGUUUUCGAGUUUCCACAUCCAUUUUGUGUGAUCCGGUCAGACAAAAGUCGCGUUGAUGCGAUCACCACAAAGGAUGUUGCUCAGUACUUUUCUGAACGUGCUGCUUUCUUUAUUAAUAAAGCGGGGAAGGUAUUAAAUGUUGACACUUUUGGGGUUGGGGAAAGUAUUAAUAGGAGUCCAACUUUAGUCGAGCAUACCUUUUUGAUCUACGAUAUGAUCAAACAGGCUGUCGAAUUCUUUGAUAAGAAAAAUGAUGUACUUGGGCUGUUUCUUCUCAAAGAGGCGUCUAUUCUCCUCACUACAAAGUCGUCGAUAUUGUUUCACAGGUUGUUGUUAGUGAACAAAUUUGGUGAUGAUGUUAUUAAGGAGAUGAAAGACUUUCUUGACAUCGAAGAAGAUGGGAUGGUCCUGUUAAUACAAAGACUGAAGUAUGAGGAGCCACUUGUAGUCGCUUAUUUUCACAGAACUGUUCUCAAAAUGAUGAAGACAAAAGAUCGAAUGAAGCAGUUCAUGUAG